AUGACUUUCAAGGGGCCCUCAACUUCCCUGUGGCAACGGUUUCAACUUUGUCAGUCUAAGAGCAGUUUCGCGCCGACACUCUUCAAGCGGUUUGCUUCGUCGAAGCAGUGGCAGGCCCGCCAAAAGAAUGACCAGUUCACAAGGGAGGCCACUGUCAAGGGGCUGAAAAGCAGAGCUGCCUUUAAGCUCCUACAGAUUGACGAACAAUACCGGAUUUUUCGAAGCGGACAGACGGUUGUUGACCUCGGAUAUGCACCAGGGUCCUGGUCUCAAGUCGCCGCGAGCCGCACUCAGCCGAAUGGAAGGGUCUUGGGUGUCGACAUCAUUCCGGCCCAGCCGCCAAAGGGCGUGUCGACAAUACAAGGCAAUUUCCUUUCCCCGGAAAUACAGCAGUAUGUCUUGGACUUUGUGCGCGAUCCCAAACGGGGACGACCCCGAUCACCGUCGUCAGAGACAGAAUACGUGAACACAAUCGGUCUUAAUUCUACGGAAAGUGGCAGCACAGGGACGCAGGCAUCGAAUCCUGCCAAAGUGCCCAAUUCACCAACAGAACGAACGGUUGAUGUUGUUCUAAGCGACAUGUCCGCUCCCUGGGUUCAAACUAGAGGAUUUUGGAAUAGGAGCCUUAGUAACCCGUAUCAUAGGAUGAUGAACACCAGCGGUAUCAGUUUCCGAGACCAUGCUGGUAGUAUGGAUCUGUGCCGAGCUGCUCUUGAAUUCAGUUUCAACGUCCUCAAAUCCGGUGGCCACUUUGUGUGCAAAUUCUACCAGGGUGCCGAAGACAAGGCCCUCGAGAAACAACUCAAGGCCUUGUUCGACAAGGUUCAUCGGCUAAAGCCCGAGUCUUCUCGUAGUGAAUCACGAGAGGCGUUCUUUGUCGCCCUGGCCAGGAAGCCUGACGCCUCAAGGUCAGCUGUGCUUCCGGCGGAGUGA